AUGGAAAAUAAUAGAUAUGCACAAAAUAUACAUUUCAAAGGGUUUAAUGAAAGAAACAAGAAUUAUUUAAUAGUUCAAGAGAAAAAAAAUUUACAAGAUUGUAAUAAUAACCUUUUAGAAUUAUCGAAAAAUAUAAUACCUAUAAAAAAUUAUAAGGAAGAAACUACUUAUAGUAAAUUAAGAGUAGUAAAUAACAUGAACACUGCAAAUAAUACAGUAUCUUAUGGUCCUUUGAAUAAUAAUAAUAAUAAUAAUAAUAAUAAUAAUAAUAAUUAUGUAAGUACUAUAUCAAAUCCUUUAAAGUUUAAUAAUAUGAGUGGUAUAUAUAGAAAUGAUAGCUUGUUGUAUGUAAACAGCAGUGUAAAUAAUAUGGAUAAUAUGGAUAAUAUGAAUAAUAUGAAUAAUAUGGAUAACAUGAAUAACAUGAAUAAUAUGAAUAACAUGAAUAACAUGAACAACAUGAAUAACAUGAACAACAUGAAUAACAUGAACAACAUGAAUAACAUGAACAACAUGAAUAACUUAAGUAAUAUAAAUAAUAAUAAUAAUAAUAAUAAUAAUAAUAAUAAUAACAUUUGUUGUAACAAUAUGAAUGAAAAAUCGUUCAAAAUAAAUAACAACUCCUUAAGUAAUAACAUGAGUAAAGGGAAAAUAUAUUCAAACAUAUUUCAUGAUAAAAAAAAUGAAGAUAAGAAUUUUGAGAGGAACAAUUUCCAUAUGAAUUCCUUUAAUAAAAAUAGGAAUGUAAAUAAUAUGUAUAAGAAUGAUUUUAUAUGUUCUAAUGUAAAUAAUGAAAAUGUUAUGAUAAAUACGAAUCAACAGAAUCGUAAUUUUUUAAAUAAGCACAUAGAUAAUAGUAGUAAUAAUAAUAACAUGUCUUCGAUGAAUAAUAUUAAAAAUAACUUAAACAAUUUUAUAAACAAUUCAAAUAUUUUAAUGAACAAAAAUGUGUUAAGCCAAGGUAAAAGUAUCAUACUUAACCAUUUUUGUGAACCUAAUACGGAACCUUUGAAAAAAAACACAGUGGACCUUUUAAACAACAAUAAUAAUAAUGUGAAUAAUGUGAAUAGUAUGAAUAAUGUGAAUAGUAUGAAUAAUAUGAAUAAUAUGAAUAGUAUGAAUAAUAUGAAUAGUAUGAAUAAUAUGAAUAGUAUGAAUAAUCAAAAUACUUUGUUGAAAAAUUUUAACAACUCCAUUAGUAGUAAUAAUUUACAUAAUAAAAACAGGAAUCAUUUAAAUUUUAUGAAUAAUAUGAACUCAUAUAAUAAUAUUCCUAUAAAUGUUGAUAAUUCCAAUGUGCUGAAUAAUAACCACGUGGGAAAUAAAAUUAUAAAUAUGUCUACAAAAGUAAAUGGAGCAAUCGAAAGGUUAAAUGUUUCUACCUACAACAACAAUCAGAAUAAUAUGUUAUGUAGUAAGUUGGUGCAUCAGGUCCCUUCCUCGACCAUGGAUAUGAAUCUUAGAAACUUGUCUAAAUCAAGCAACAAUAUGAAUCAUGUGAAUAAUGUGAAUAGUGUUAAUAAUGUGAAUAAUGUGAAUAGUGUGAAUAGUGUGAAUAAUGUGAAUAGUGUGAAUAAUGUGAAUAGUGUGAAUAGUGUUAAUAAUGUGAAUAGUUUGAAUAAUCAACAUUUAGUUAGUUUAAAUUGUAAGAACAACUCCAACAUAGUUAUAGAAAACACAAUGAAAGGAAGGGAUAUGCUUAACUUGGAUCAAAUAAAUGAUAAAUCCAUUUUAAAUAAUGAAUUUGGGAGUAAUGCUAUCGUAGGAGAUGUUGUUUCUAACGGGAAUACUAUGAGUUUGUUUAAUAAUAGUGUGCAUUUUGUAAGAAAAAAAAUUGUAAACAUGAAUCAUGUUGAUAACAUGAAUAAUUAUAACACGUUAAAUGUUUUAAAUAAUGAAAAGGAAGGAAUGAGGACCAUCUUAAUGUCAGAAUUACCAAAUGAAAUGAUUAUGGGAAAUAAUAAAAAUGUAGGUGAUGCUAAUAUGGUGAACGGUAAUGUAAAUUAUAAUAACAUUAGUACAGAUAAUUAUGCUAAUAUAUUAAAACAUUUAUGUACACCUGUUAAGAAUAAGAAGAUAGAGAAUGUGUGUGAAACUAUGGACGACACUUUGAUGGAAAAUAUUGAUAUUAAUGAAAAGAAUGAUGAAGUAAAUAAUUUGGAAAAUGUCAAAGGAAACAACAACAAUAAUAAUAACAUCAAUAGUAAUAAUAGUUUGGUAAAUAUUUUACAUAAUAAUGUGAGCGAAAAUAUACUUUUAAACGAUAAUAUGCUGGGUGAUUUAUUUCAAAAUGGUAAAUAUAAAAAGGAUAACAUAAUAAACAAUAAUGUAAAUAAUAAUGAACUCUUUAAUAUUAAUAAUAAUAAUAAUAAUAAUCUUAUAUCUUAUAAUAAUAAUGGUGAAGUUUAUGUAAAUCAAGAAAAUGGAACAUCCAAUAUUAAUAAUAACAAUAAUAAUAAUAAUAAUAAUAAUAAUAAUAAUAAUAUUAAUAAUAAUAUUAAUAAUAAUAUUAAUAAUAACAAUAAUAAUAAUAAUAAUAAUAACAAUAUUAAUAAUAAUAUCUUUGAAUUGAAAAAAUUGAACUUAUUUGCGGAGAGAAAAAAAAAGGGAGAUAAAGAAAUAGAUAAUGAAAAAAAAAAAAAAGAUAAUAUACAAAAAUGCAAAACUAAAGUAUUCUUUUAUAUAAAUCCUAAAUAUAUUAUUGAACCUUUAAAAAGGAAAAUUUAUCAAAACAUGUCUAUUUAUAUUGAAAAUUUAAUUAGUGAUGUGAAAUCAAUUCAAAAUAAAGAUAGAGCAGAAAUAUUAACAAAUCUACAUAACACAUCAUGGUUUUGUAUGAUUUUCGAUUUUGAUGGUAUUAGUAAAUUACUUAAUGUUUUUAAUAAAUAUUUAAUAUAUUCGGAUGCUCUGAUUAUACCUGAUAUGUUAUUAUCUAAUAAGACAGAAGCAGGAACGGACAAUAUCACAACAUCGAAUAAUAAUAAUAAUAAUAAUAAUAAUAAUAAUAAUAAUAAUAAUGAUGAUGGUGAUGGUGAUGUAAAUUGUAAUGUACAAAAUGUUACUCAUAAUAAUUCUUCUUUUCAAAAUCAUACUUUAUUAAAUACUCCUAAACAAAAUGAAGCAUUUUUAAAAAACAUGGAUUAUUUUUUUGAAAAAACAGACACAUUAGACUUAUUAAAUAAAAAAAUAUAUGACUAUGAAAAUAAUAUAAUAGAAAGUGUAGAGAAAUAUAAUUAUUUAAAAGAAUUAUGUAACUCUUUAAAGAAACAAGUCAUUAUGAAAAAAAAAAAAUUACUCUUAUUAAUAGAAAAAGCAAAACUUCAAAAUUUUACAUACAAAAAUAAAGACUUACAAAUACUUUUAGAUGUUGAAAAAAAAAAUCAACAACAAAACGGGUUUCAAAUAAGUCACAAUAAUAUUAAUAGUGAUAAUAUUAAUAGUAAUAAUAAUAAUAAUAGUAAUAAUAAUAAUAAUAGUAAUAUUAAUUAUGAUAAUAAUUCCACCUUUCCGUUAAAUAAUGAAUAUUAUCAUAUCUUUAAACAAAUUGAUGAGGGACUAAAAUAUCUAAAAAAAUACUCCAGUGUCAUUUUAUCCAAUCAAGAUAUGCAUGACCAUAUAAAAAAUGAAGAGGACAUUCAAAAUUUUUACGAGUCCUCCAUUUCUACAGAAGACCAUAGCUGUGAUCAUAAUAUUAAUGAUGAAAGGAGAAAACGAGAAAAAUCUGAUGACGAUGAAAAUUCUGAUGAUGAUGAUCAUCAUCAUGAACACGACGACGACGACGAUCACGACGACGACCACCACCAUGACAACAUAAAUCAUGAUAACGAACAAGGUCAUACAGAUCAGCAAUAUGAACAAGAAAAUAAAAAACACCUAGAUAAUAAAUAUCUAGAUGGUGUUAGUAAUAUGCAUAUAUCAACAAAUAAACAUAAAAGGAAAAGUGUUCAUUAUAAAGAAAAUGAUUUUUUAAAAAUGCAAAAUGUAGGAGACGACCUAAAUAAUAAAGAAACCAUUAAAAAAAGAAAAACAAUAAAACAAAUAAAAAACUUACAGUGGGAAAAGGAGAAUAAUGAAGAAUGGGUAGAUGAGUUUUUAGAGGACUUCUAA